UGCGUACCGUAUGUAAAUGGAUCACAAAAUGCUGGAAAGAUAAGUUUGCGAGAGCGUCUCGAACGUAACCGGUUACCCCAACAAAUUAGGAAUUAUUUAUAACAUUUUCCCGUUUGCCAAUUUCAAUUGGAAGCGGACAUUUAAACGAGUGUUAAAGUGCUGCAAGCGUGGUGCAGCAGGAGGCGGAGUUGUGGGGAAAAUGGCGCAACCGCCGCCAGAUCAAAAUUUUUAUCAUCACCCGCUGCCGCACACACACACACACCCGCCGCACCCCCACCCGCAUACACAUCCCCACCAUCCACAUCAACAUCCGCAGCUUCAAUUGCCGCCACAAUUUCGGAAUCCCUUCGAUUUGCUUUUCGAUGAGCGAACGGGAGCCAUUAACUACAAUUACAUACGUCCCUAUCUGCCCAACCAGAUGCCCAAGCCAGAGGAGCUGCCUGAUUCCCUGGUGAUGCGACGCCCACGACGCACUCGCACAACAUUCACCAGCAGCCAGAUAGCCGAGUUGGAGCAGCAUUUCCUGCAGGGACGCUACCUCACUGCACCACGACUGGCCGAUCUGUCGGCCAAACUGGCUUUGGGCACGGCCCAGGUGAAGAUCUGGUUCAAGAAUCGUCGUCGUCGCCACAAAAUCCAAUCGGAUCAGCACAAGGAUCAGUCAUACGACGGCAUGCCACUGUCGCCGGGCCUCAAGCCCAGCGAGGGAGAUCCGCCCAGUCUGCAGAAUCUCACUUUGGGUGGAGGGGCCACACCAAAUGCCUUGACGCCCUCGCCCACGCCUUCGGCCACCACCAGCCACCUGGUGGAGCACUAUGGUGAGACAUUCAAUGCCUACUACAACUACAAUCAUGGCCAUGGCCAGGCGCAGGGCCAGCGCCAUGUGGGCCACGUCCAUGGGCAGUAUGCGGCGGCACCAGGACCCCAGAAUGGAGCACAGUUCUUUCAGACACAACAGCAGCAGCUUCAUCAGCAGCAACAGCAGCCGCCACACCAUCACCAGAAUCAGCAGCAACAGCAGCAGCAGCACCUCCACCAUCAAUUGCCGCACACAAACCACGUGCCACAUCAGAUGCAGGCCCAGCAGCAGCAGCAGCAACAACAACAGGAGCAACAGCAGCAGCAACUGUAUCAUCAUUUUGAUUUCCAACAGAAAACGGCCAGCGCCUGUCGCAUGGUCAAGGACGAACCGGAGGCCGACUACAACUUUAACAACUCGUAUUAUAUGCGCUCGGCUCUGUCUGGGGUUGGUGUCGCCGCCGCCGCCGCUGCUGCUGUUGCUGCAGCCACACCCGGAACAGCAUCGUCGGCCGUUGCGGCGGCGGUGGCGUCGGCUGGUGAGGUGACGUCUGCCCUGUCGCCCGGCUCCGAGGUCUAUGAGCCAUUAACACCCAAAAAUGACGAGAGUCCCAGUCUAUGUGGCAUUGGCGGCCCCUGCGCCACGGCAGUCGGCGACACGGACAUAGCCGACGACAUGGACGAUGGAACGACCAACAAGAAGACGACGACGCUACAGAACCUGGAGCCGCUGAAGAGCCAUUCGGCUGUGGGUCUAGACAAAAGCUGUGACGAUGGCAGCAGCGAUGAUAUGAGCACAGGCAUGCGGGUGCUGUCGGGUCGCGGUGCCUUUGCCAAAUUUGGCAAACCAUCGGCAGCGGCACAGAACCAGCCCCCGCCAUUGGGGAUGAUGCAUGACACGAACCAAUAUCAAUGUACGAUGGAUACGAUAAUGCAAGCGUAUAAUCCGCAUCGUAAUGCCGGUGGCAACACACAGUUUGCCUACUGCUUCAACUAGUAGUAGUUCCCGGGGGAGAUUUAAGUUUAGACUUAAGCGAAAAAAAAACAAUAUCUGUUGUUUCCUGAUUGUACAAAUACCCCCAAUUGAUUGUAGAUAUCUGCGCGUAGUUAUGUGUAAGCCUGAAUUGUAAAUUUGUUCUUAGUGUUUUUAUGUACUAGCCUAGUCAGCAAGCAGGCAGAUUUUAAUGUUCCUUCAAGUGAUGUUCGUCGCUAACUUUCGCUGCCAUACGUUCGUUGCUUCGUUUGUUUUUUGGUUCGGUGUUCCCCCAAAAGCCCAGGAAUGCCCUGCUAAAAUCAAACGAGGUGUUUUAUGGGCUUGAACGUAUGCCAGUGAAAGUUCUUUUCCCCCCCAACAUUUUAAGCAAAGGAAUCCUCGUGGGUUCUGCAACAAAUUUGUCAUAGCUAAAACCUGUACUUAUCGAAAUGAAAAAUGUUUCUCUUGUUGGUAAUCAUAUAAUCAUAUUGUUUAAUAUAAUUACCAUCUAAAGAUUGAACAUUUAAACAAUUCAGCAUACGCUAUGACAAAUGCGUUGGCUUGUUAGACAUUUGGACAUUCUUUCCACAAAGAAUUGUCAGCAAAUUGUCUGCCAAAACAAACCAAACAUUUGUUCGUUCCCAGGAUUCUUUUACUGAAUUAUUUAUAUAUAUUUAUUUUUUAAGAUCCUCCUUUAACAUCACUUCAAGUUGCAUUGAAAUCUGUUUAGCUUCAAUUUGUAGUUUAAGUUCCUCGGUGCACCAUUGUCAUAUGUUCUCUUUUGUAAGCUUUUUUGUGUGUAAAUCUUUGGGAAUAUAUAAACAAACAUAUGAUAUGCUUCCCAAAUUGCUGCCGCCGGGCACGUCUUUCUGAACGAAAACUCGUAUGGUUUUUCCGAAAAUCUUAUGAAUUUAAAAAUCUUAUUUUAUGGGCCCACUGUUCGCUAUCCUCUCCCCUCACACAUGCAUGUCGUAAAAUCUGAUUCGCGAUAUUUCUACGAAACCCGCGAGUCGUAAAAUGUUUUUGGCACCACCAGCACCAGCUGCCUGUGUUUAUAUAGUUACCUGAUCCUGCUGCACCUAUACGACCCCGACCCCGACCCGAACCGACCCGGCUGCCUGUGUGCACUAUUUAGGUAGGCACUGUACAGGCUGACGGUGGGCGCCCGUUUUGUCAGCAGGCCAACUUUUGUACUUGUUGCC